UUAAAAGGGGAAGCAAAGCCUUGUCUUUCUGCCGCGUCUCAAUAAGAGAGAGAGAGAAUGCAAGUAGCUUCGAAGGUGAUAUUUCUUUACAGAGACGCCGACGGCUUCGGCCCUGCAAUCUCAGAAGCUCUGCAAGCGAAAGAUGGUUCUAUUCGAAGAAAAGAAGUCUCGUUCGAGCUAUCGCUUGAGAGGUACGGAAUCAACGACCGUAAAGUUUUAGUAGACGCCGUUCACUUUAUUGAUCAUGAGGGAUUUUAUCAGGUGUCCAUAUUGCUUCUGCAAGAAUAUGCGCUGCCACUUGUUUCUUGUGCCAUUCAUGAAGUCCUGUCAUCAAUCACAGGAGAAAACUCUUCCAUUGUGCCCACAAUCAUAGUUCCAUUCCUUGUGGCAGCAAAGCUCAAGUGUGAAACAGAAAACCCCACAACAAAUGGCCAGAAAACUACUCUAUGCGGUACACAGAUUGGCCCUGCAACAGACUUUACUCGAGCCAUGGUUGCCAAAACCUGUAAGCCAACAUCUUCAUUGCAGAUUCACAAUGAAACCUUGGCCUGCUUGCUUCAGUUUGUCAGAAUCUUGAAGCUACCAACUGUUCUCCUCAUUGGGUCAAGAGGGCAACAUAAAUCUCAAAUAACUUCAGAUGAAGAUAUGGAGGUGCUAUAUGAAAUGGGAGAGUUCCUGGGAAAGAUUGCCAAUUUACAUUUUGUGAAAGAUCAAAUCCAUUUGGCUCCUUCACAAAAAUCUGGGGAUGUCGAGGAACCCUGGCGUGCAUUAUAUGGCUGAUGGCUUCCCUGUCCCUCAUCCACCACCCUCCUCCCCAGGUCCGGCACCCCAACAAGGCACUGGUAUGCCAGCUGAAGCCGGAGGGCCUUUGAUGAGCAAUGGAGGUCUGAUAUGUGUCCUGUACUCCCGUUCACUUAGUUGAAAGUGAUGCAUUGAAAACUUAGUUAAGGUCUACACUUUUUAACAUGGGAUUUGGUCACUUAUCUCUUAAAGCAAAAUUUCAUUCCCAAGUUUCUUCA